AUGGGAGAGGAGGAGGUGGACCUCACUGUUUAUUCCAAGAAAUUUAAGAUUGAAGCCUCUUGGAUGGUGGAUGAGGAGUAUAAGCAUAUAGUGGAAGAACCUUGGGGGAGUGGCAGCCAAGAAGAUAAAACAGAAAACUCAGCAAUUGAAGCUAUUGCAAAGGAUGAAAGGCCUGAAAAUUGGGAGGCGAUUAAAGUGUUGCAGUCGGAGAUUGAUUUUAUAAUGGAACAGGAGGAUAUCAAAAGGAAGCAAAGAGCAAAACAAAAUUGGUAUCAACAUGGCGACCAUAACACCCCUUUCUUUCAUGCUUGGGCGAGUCAUAGAAGAAAGAUCAAUCAUAUCAAGCAGAUUGUGGACGAGUCUAGAACAAUGUGGAAAAAGCCAAAGGAGAUUAGGGCCACCUUUGUGAAGUACUACACAUAA